CAUGUUUGCCUUUAACCAAUAAAGAACUGUUUCUACUUCCAUACUUUCUUCUUCUUCUUCCUUCUCUCCUCUCUCUAUUUCUCUCACAUCAGUUACCACUUUCUCUCUCAUCACUCCGCAACCGGAAAAUUCUCUUCUCCUUUCCUCCCUUGGAUAUCUGGAAUCGUAUUCCUCCCUAUCUCUUCAUCUCCAGCGAAAAUCAGUGAUUUCUUCUCCAGAAAUCGAGAGGAGCGAUGAGGAGGUGUGAGUUGUGCAAAGCGAAGGCGCGGAUGUACUGCGCGUCGGAUCGGGCGAGCUUGUGCUGGGACUGCGACGCCGCCGUGCACUCCGCCAACUUCCUCGUGGCGCGGCAUUCGAGGAACCUGCUCUGCGACGUCUGCCAGUCGCCGACGCCGUGGAGCGCCUCAGGCGGCAAGCUCGGCCCCACCGUCUCCGUCUGCGAGCAAUGCGCCGGUCAGGAGAUGUGCGAGGACAGCGGCGGCGGAGAAUCGGAGUCGGAGGAGGAGGAGCUGGCCGAGGAGGAGGAGAAUCAGGUCGUCCCCUGGUCUCCGCCGCCGCCGGCCGAGAGCUACUCCAGCGACGAUGAGGCGGUUGACGGUCAAGACGUCGUCGUUUCGCGGAAGUUGUUGAGAAUUGAGGCGGAUCGCAGCUGCGCGUCAUCUCGUCUGAAUAUCGGUGCUCCUCCGCCUUACGCGGCGGCGGUUGCGACGUCUCGAAGUAAAACGGCGCCGCUCCAUAUGACUGAUUCGGGUCGGGCUAAUGCGUGUGGAUCGGGGAUUUUGGAUUCGCUGCGGAGGCUCCACCGCGAAGAAACGGGUUCGGGUCAGGAAAUGGCGGAAUUCUAUGAUUAUUCUGGACCGUCAGAUCUGAAUUUCUAGGCGUUGUUUUUGGCCGUUGAGAUUUGGAUGUGUAUCAUUUACUGACAAAACUAGCUAAUCCGGAUUUUUAUUAAUCUGGGAUUUGUGAUUAGAUAUGAGAUUUGGGGUUAGGGUUAGGAUUAAAUCGAGUUUAUACGAAUUCAUUGAUGUUUGUUUGUAGGAUUUUUACUUUUCUUUUCAAAAUUAUCGGCCGAGAAUUUGGUUUC